CCGGCGAAAUUUGAUACUUUUAAGCGCAAGCGCAGUGGUAAAAAAUCGUACGAGUGUACCGGGGCACUAGGGAAAGCUAAAUCAUCAUAACAUAAGGCAAUAAGUUUGAUAAUCACCACCAAGCAAGAACGCUCAGGUGAAUUAAGUAAAUCGUGGGACCACCGAACCAGAGGCACCGGUAGCAGCAAAAGCACAACAACAGAUAAUUAUGCCGUCAAAAGACAAAGAGAAAAAUCUGGUUUCUUUUCACGAGUUCCGCGAGGUGUUCGCUCACGUGAACACAUUCGGACGUUACCAGAAGGCGCUAUUCCUUGGCUGUAACGGCAUUAUUCUUGCGUUCGCACUGCAGUAUGGAAGCCUUCUGUUCAGCUUUGGCACGCCGCGUUUCCACUGCGCCGACAACAACUCCACGUGUGAACCCAACAAAUGCUGCAAUAACUGCACAACUUACGCGUUUGACGGACCGUUCAUUAGUAUUGUUAAUGAGUGGUCGUUAUUGUGCGACCGUCGUUAUAUCGCCGCAAUUGUCCAGUCCAUGUUUUUCGCCGGACAGUUGGUCGGAUCUUCUUGUUGUGGAAUGGUUUCCGACGCGUUUGGGAGAAAGCGCACCAUGUUGCUUAGCUCUGGGUUGUUUGCUUCCUUCUCCUUGGGAGCCUCCUUUGCGAAUGGCUACAUCCUUCUUGGUUUCCUAGAAUUCAUGGUCGGCUUCUUCCUGGUCUCCGCGCUGCUUUCGGAGUUUACGUAUGUGAUCGAGCUUUCAGCGACCAAGAGGCGAACUAUGAUUGGUUCCGUCGUUGAGAUAUUCUGGCCGGUCUGUCUUCUUCUUCAUACAUUGAUCGCGUUUCUCGUCCAUGAGUGGAGAAACCUUUUGCUGGCUGUCAGCAUUCCUGGUUUUGUAUUCGUCUGUUUCUGGAGGUAUAUCCCAGAAUCCCCUCGAUGGUUGGUCACGCGCGGUCGCUUAGACGAGGCCCAGGCCGUCCUCAACCGCUUCGGCAGCAGCAAACCCAUCGACCAGCAAGCUCUACGCGGAUUGAUUGAAAGCAUCCGGGAAAGUCAGAUCGAGACCGAGCGUAAAGCUAAGCGGUACACCGUGAUAGACCUGUACCGUACGCCAAAGAUGCGCAAAUGGGUUCUGGUUAUGGGUUUCAACUGGUUCACAGUCCAAUUCAGCGACAUGGGUUUCAUGCUGUUCCUGUCUGUCUUGCCAGGGAGCGUGUACGUCAAUCAAGCCAUCCCAUAUGCAACUCAAGUAGUGCUUAUUCCCAUUGUCUGGGUACUCAUGCAGAAAUUCGGACGUCGUCCUAUCCAUGUGACAGUCCUGCUAGUCCCCGGAGUCAUGUUUCUUGUGCUAAUGGCCAUUCCUGAAGGCUACCCGAUGCUAAGUGCAGGACUUGCAUUGACAAGUAAGAGCAUCCUUAAUAUUGCCUGGCUCACUAUCUAUCUGAUCGGGUCUGAGGUCUUCCCAACCACUAUCAGGUCCACUGCGCUAGGGAUGUGUUCAACGUUUCAACGGUGCGGAGCUUUAGUUGCUGGCUACGUGUCAAUGCUUAGUCAGCUACCUGGCCUCAGCAUCUACUUACCGGUUACCAUAUAUGGCUUGUUCGCCAUCGCAGCUGGUGUCCUAUUCGCCAUCUUCAUUCCCGAGACCCUUCACGCCACUCUCGCGCAGACUAUCGAAGAAGCGGAAACGCGCCAAGACAGCUACGCACUGAUAUGCUGCGCGAAACCUGCGUCUGCUGAUGUAAUAACAUCGCCAGUAGAAACGGAGGCUAAUUCUUCAGUCUGAUAAGCUAUUGCUAGAAUGCGCUUAGGUAUCCGCCGGGCUUGAAGACUUGGACCGGGUUACUAGAUUUCAAGUUAACUCUAACCCAGGGUAUUUAUUCCUGGAUUAGCGCUAUAACCUGCUUUCUAGGACCCAGGCCUUCCAGGCUGAGAGUGUUAUCUGUAUCAUCGUUUGAUUUCAAACCUAUUUCCUCACAAGCUUGCCAUGCCCACAGAUAGCAUAAUCAAGUUCAGUUUGUUACUCAUAGGCGGAAAGAAUGGGGAUUCCUUGUCAUUUUUUAAAGAAAAAUAUCUGCAUCGAUCCUCGUUGAUUCGAUAGCGCGAAGGUCGCGCCGACAUUUUACUAUUGGAGUAUUGGACUAUUACCCCCAAAGAGCAAAAGAGCAUUUAGGCUAAUUGUAAAAUGUCAAAGCUGUCCCAAAAUGAUCAUAAUCGUGUGUAUAAUGAUGGAACAAGUAAAAAAAUUAUACUGGGAGUUGACAAUAAAGGUAUACACCUAUCUUAA